AUGGUUGCCCUCAUCCCGAAGAAAGGUGCAGAGUCUGCCUCCCACAUGGUCAUACAGUUUCUACCCUUCGAGGAAGAUGUAAGACCCUGGACCUGUGCUUCAUUGCCGGAGCCGACGAGCGAUCAGCGCGCCGCCAUGUCCAAGAUCGUCGACGGGUUGACUUUGACGGCUGGCAAUGAGAUGCUCAGGCCGGAAGAGACGAGCAAUCCAUCCCUGGCCAGAUUCUACGACUUUUUGGCCUCGCGCGCGGUGACCCCAGGUGCUGCGCUGAAACCAGCUCCUUCGGAGCUCAGCGACACGAUCCUGGCUCCACCUGCUUCUGCGGUGGCCCAGCUGGAUAAGGUCUUCCCGGAGAAUGACCGAGGUCAGCUCAAGACACUCUUUGGUCUAGAGAAGGUGGAGAAAGCGGUGGGCAAGGGCGGCGCCAAGCGAUUCUGGCGCGAGGCAAUCGCAGAGAAGAGCAAGAACUCUGCCGCCUUCGUGGGCGAGGUGGACACGAAGAAGAUCAAGGUAGACGCCUUCACUGGGGCCAAGAAGAACGAGAAGAAGGAUGAAGACGAAGACGCUCUGAGAAAG